CCUCGCGUGCGGCCAGAACCCUACCGGGGCGGAUGGAUGCAGUGGUGCGCGGGCGGGAGGCCAGGAAAACGGGCAGGUGGCAUCCAACUGUUCUUGGAGGGGGAAGGGAAAAGGAUCACCCACCCCCAGGAGGUGGGGGGGGUCUGCGGAGGGAGCGACCCCCACACACACAUGUCUUUUCUAUAUUAACGUGGUUAAGGAUGCAAGGGCCCAAGUGGAGGGGAAAGCAAAGCUGGGGGAGUGGCCUGGACUCCAGAACUAGGGGAGGAUGGCGGCCAAGGGCAGCUAGGGAAGGACCUCUCCACUGGCGUUGACUGAGGAGGUGGAUGGCCCAGAAAAGCCAGGUGAUGAAAUUCUUCCCAGGAAGGACUGGAGGGUAUGCUCAGGGGCCUUGGUUCUCUCUGGGGAGGACACAGGGCCCCUAAAGGAUUUGACCCCCCCAGGAGAUUGAUCAGGUAGGAGUCUGAAGGAAGUGGAGCCAUAUUUGGGGCCCUCUUGGGGGUCCCACCCUUGGUUUGCAUCUCUACCCCUCUAGGGAUGCUUAGAGCUAAAGUGGGGCAUCUGCUGCAAAGUAGGCUGAUCUUCCUGCUACCACCCACACCCUGUUGGACAGGAGGAACUGCAGGGUAACUCUAGCUAUCCUCUUCCUCCUUUUCUCUCUUUUCCUUUUCCUCCUCCCUCUCCCCCAACCCUGAAACAGGUAAGCUUCCCUCACUUUGCCUACUAUCUUUACUCUCAAGAGCUAUAGAAGAGAAGUUUCUUGCCACAUUCUGUGGCCUCUAGACUCAGGAGAAUCCGACAGGCUUGGUCUGGGAGCCAUGGUGACUUGGAACAAUGAAGUAUUCUUGGACUAGAGUCCUGAUCCAGAGGGAGACAUUGGAGUGCAUGCACUCAGGGCCGAUGGAAGCAGCAGUGAUUUAAGCCUAUGGAGAUGUCUCAGCAAGCUGACCCUCUGGCUCUCUUCCCCUCUAGCCUCCAUGGCAGCUCAAGCUCCAAGCCCCAACUCACCCCUCCGGCCAGAGGACCUCCUGAGUGAUGCAGCAGGUCCCCCUGGACGGAGCCAAGGAACGUUCUCAGAGGUGACGUCUCAGCUUUAUGCUUCUUUGCGGCAAAGCCGAAAGGCAGAAGCCACUGCCAGGAACAGUCUGUACCUGGCCUCCAACUCAACACCUCCUCCUGAAGAACUUGAGGGCCUUGCCCGAGAGCUGAGCCGAAGCCUGUCAACUGGGGUAGAGACCAGUUCUCAGAGAAAGGGAGGCUCUCAGCAUAUCUUGGAGAUGGAAAGUGUACGGGGUCACCUACAAAGCAUGCUUCAAGCUUCUCGGGACACUGCUUCUCGGGAUAACCUUAUUCCAGGUACUGUCCCAGAGAGGCGAGAAGAGGACUCUUUUGACAGUGAUAGCACAUCCACCCUGCUAACUAUGCGGCCCCUCCAAGAGCUAUCUCUACCCAGCUCAGCUCCAGCCUUGGAAGAGUUGUUUCCUCGAUAUACUAGUGUCCGGCCUGGAACUCCACACUACUUUCCUGAUCUGCAGGGACUGAGAGAAGCCUUGGAUACUGAACAUACUCGACGUAGGCACUGUGAGCGUCACAUCCAGAAUCUACAAACCCGGGUGUUAGAACUGCAGCAGCAGUUAGCUGUAGCUGUGGCUGCAGACCGAAAGAAGGAUCUUAUGAUUGAGCAACUGGACAAGACCUUGGCCCGAGUGGUAGAGGGCUGGAACCGACAUGAGGCUGAGCGGACAGAAGUACUUCGGGGGCUGCAAGAGGAGCAAAAGGCUGUUGAGCUUACUCGAAGCCAACAGCAAGAGACCAUAACUCGCCUAGAACAGAGUCUAAAGCAGACCAAGGACGCCCUGAGUAGGGAGCGGGAAGGGGCCACCCAACAGCAACAGGAGCAAGAGACAUUGAAGGAAGCACGACAAGCUUUAGCUCGUAGCUUAGAGCGGGAACAGCAGCGGUGUCGGACUCUGCAGGAGGAGCGGGAUGAGGCACGGACAGAGCAGCUGAAUCAGCAUAGAGAGCUAGAAGCACUCCAGGCUGCCUUGGAGGAAAAGCACCAGGCCUGGACCCUGCGUGAACGCCAGCUAGAAGAGCGCUGUAAGAGUCUACAAGAGGAGGGCCGGAUCCAGCUGGAGAGGGAGCAGGCAAACUCUCAGCGGGAGGUACAAGCAGCCCGAGAGGCUCAGCAGCUCCUGGCCUCUGUUCAGUCGGAUGUGCAGAGAUUAGAAGAGGAAUUAGACACAGCACGGCGAGAAAGAGAUGCUGUACAGCUGGAAACCAGCCUGGUGCAGGCCCGGUUUGAAGCCCAGAGAGUACAGAUGGAGUCAGAGCUUGCUAUUUUGCUAGAGCAGAGAGUAACUGAGCGACUAGCCCAGGUGCAAGAGAGCGGCCUUCGCCAAGUGAGCAGUCUUCGGGAACAACACAGGAAGCAGUUACAGGAGUUGAGUGAGCAGCAUCAGCAGGAACUGUCCAGUCAGUUGGAUCAGUUCCAGGUGGAGUUAUCAGAGAGAGAAGAUCGGCACCAGCAGGUGGCUCAAGACUAUGAGCUCAGAUUGGCACAUGAGCAGGCCCGAGGACGGGAGUUACGGAUGGCACACCAGCAGCUAGAAGAGCAGCGGGUAGAGCUGGUAGAGAGAUUCCAGUCCAUGCUUCGGGCUCACUGGGAUGAGGCACACCAGCUGCUCAGCACCACGGCCCCUUCUCAGGUCCUUCCCCCUGGUACUCCCAGCUCCUUGACCUCGGGUCCCAGAGAAGCAGAGAAAGAGGAAAGGAGGGCUUGGAGUAUGCCCCCUGCAGCAGUGGCUCUGAAGCCAGUAUUGCAGCAGAAUCGGGAGCCAAGGGAAGAGCUACCUGCAGGCCCUUGUACCCCCUCACCUGAUCUCACCCUUCUGCUAGGCCCUAAUUUCCAGAGCCAGCAUAGCUUUCAGCCUUUGGAGCCUAAACCUGAUAUUACUCCACCCUCAGCUGGAGGCUUUCCUCCUGAGCACCGAGCAGAGCGGCCAUUCCCUGAGGUUCUUGGAGCUAGAGGAGAAGGGCCCCUGGAACAAAGCUUGCCCCCUCCACAGUUGGAAGAGCUGAAGCAGUAUCUGCACCAGCUCUUGGAACCAGUGCCCCAGAGCUGUGUGAAUCCCACCAUUGACCUGCUGCCCCCUAAACCUGGUCCCCUAAUGGUCCCCCCUUGGGAGGAAGCCCCUCCACUACCACAGCCCCCACCUCCUGUCCACAAAACUAAAGUGCCACUGGCCAAGGCAUCCUGUCUUUUCCGGGUAUGUGAGCCCCCUGCAACUCCUCCACAAAGCUGCAGCCAUGAAGGUCGCUCCCCAGAAAGAGGUGGAGAGGGGAGACCAAUAUCCCCCCAGCAACUGGCAGAGCUGUCACGGCUGCUUCGACAGUACCAGGCCCGAGGCAAUGGGGGCCCACCUACUGAAGAUCUAUUACUGUACUUAAGGGGGUCGGAGCAUAAGUUGAAAGUCGAGGGGAUGGCAUCCCCAGAAGGAAUGCAGACACACGCUUGGGAGAGGUUCUCCGGAAAGAGGCUUCAUCUCGUCGACCUACCAGUACUCAUAAGGCUGAGAAACCAGUGGGCAGGAAGAAAAGUGGCCAUCCUGCACCAGGCAGUGCUAGGAGUCGAAGUGGAAUCUGGAGAUAGCCCCUGUAUUCUACUCCCGGUCCCUUAACAUUUUUUAAAAGAAUUGUUUUAUUUAAUAAAAACUGAUUGGUUGUAUAUGAA